GACCUGGAAAUUGAUGGGUUUUUUUUUUCUAUCUGGAAAUGUCUUGCAUGAAUCAUGACCUAGUCAUGGACAUGUCUCCAUCACAUGUCUCUUCCCUCUAAGAGUCAAAGACUACCAGUCUAGAAGAAGUGAAUAAAGAGAGAAACUUCUUAAGUUGAACAAAUUGGUUGACGAGUCUCACAACCUCCAGACGUGUUAAAUCAGCUCUAGACGGCUUAAUUACAACUAAGACCAAGUUCAUACUUCAUUACCUUAAUUAAAACCGCGUUCCUUUUUUUUUCCCAACUUCUUUAGUAUCCAGUUUCCAAAAAUAAUCCGAACCCCAACUAUACAGAAGAAGGAUAUCCUGCUCUCAUCUCUUCUUGUUCGCUGAUCAAACUAAAAAAACAAUCACCAUGAACGAUAUCUUCUCUUCUCUCUUUAGUUCUAGCAGUACUAAUGAUCACAGCAAGGUAAUUGAUGAUAUUGAGAUGGGCCAGAUGGCAGCGAACACCAGCGAAGUAAAAAACUUGCAGAAGUUUUACAAAGAUGUGGAUAUCAUCAAAGACCAGCUCGAUCAAGUCGAAACGAUCUACAAGCGUCUGCAAGAUUCUCAUGAACAAUCUAAAACGAUUCACAAUUCCAACUCUAUCAAACAGCUGAGAUCUUCCACGGAUUCUGACGUUUCUUCAGCACUAAGCAAAGCGAAGUCCAUCAAAUUGGGACUUGAAUUGCUCGACCGAGCUAACAAGGAGAGUCUUAAAGUCCCCGACUGCGGACCUGGAAGCUCAUCGGAACGGACACGUUCAUCUGUCGUGCACGCGUUAAGGACGAAGCUUAAGGAUACAAUGGAGAGUUUCAACAGUCUGAGAGAGAGGAUUGGGUUAGAUUAUAAGGAGACGGUUGAACGUCGGUACUUUAUGGUCACCGGUGUGAAAGCCGAUGAAGAAACGGUAGACAAGUUGAUAUCGACCGGAGAAAGCGAAACGUUUAUGCAGAAAGUGAUUCAGGAACAAGGAAGGGGAAGAGUUAUAGAUACUAUUGCUGAGAUUCAAGAAAGACAUGGUGCAGUUUUGGAGAUGGAAAGGAGUUUGGGUGAAUUGCAUCAAGUGUUCUUGGACAUGGCUGUAAUGGUUGAAUACCAAGGACAACAGUUGAAUGAUAUUGCUGGUAAUGUUAACAGAGCUAAUUCAUACGUAAGAAAAGGAACUGAAACGCUUCAACAAGCAAAAAUUCUUCAGAAGAACACCCGAAAAUGGACAGUGUUGGCUAUAUUUAUUCUACUCAUCAUCAUCUUGAUCAUCGUCCUCCCAAUUGUUUUAAGGAAAUAACCACCUACACUGUGCCGUUCUUUCCUUGUUUUUUUCUGGCGUGUUUUUGUUUGACACUUUGCAGCUGAUGUUACAGUUUGAGAUAUUGGUUAUGUUUUCUUCUGUAUCUAAAUAAUUUUUUUUCUGGUAGACAUUUGAAUUUUUGUUUAUUAAAUUUUUUUGAAAUGAAAGAAAUGCUUAGCAUUU